GUAGCCCGAGGCAUCAGGUGUGCAUGCAGAGACGUAGAGUGAAAGAGAAGAGGAGCAGCAGCCAGAUGAAUGAGCUCCGCGGCACCGGACAUGUGAUAAGGGGAGCGCAGGACUGUGCUGGGUCUGAAACAGUAUGUGUAUGUCGAGAUCAGACAUAAGAACAGCUGUAGGAGGGAGAACGACUUACAUUAGGGAUCUGGAAGUGGAUUGGAAAGGAAGAAGACAAUGCAGCUGGACAAGAAACACUACCAUUAGUUUUUCGUUGGAUUUAUGUAUGAGGGUAAUCCUUGAAACUGCUGCACCAUGACUGGCAAGCAAGGGAGGCAGUGGAGGUCCAUGUGCAAAGGCCUGGUCCUGGGUACCCUCCUGACCAGCUGCAUGAUCCUGCUCUACUGCCUCUCCACACCACAGAUCCACUUCAGUCUGCCUGAGGUUCCAGUGCCUUACUCCUGUGCCCACCGUCCAUCCCAUCUCCACCCUAAACCAACCACAAACAGCUCACACCAAACUCAUGGCCAGACCUGCGCUCCUAAAGUCGAUAUAAUGUUCAUGAAGACCCACAAAGCAGCCAGCAGCACCUUCCUCAACAUCCUCUUCCGUUUUGGAGAGAAGCACAGGCUCAAAUUUGCCUUUCCUAACAGCAGAAAUGACUUCUUCUAUCCAUCUCUUUUCGAGCGCUCCCAGGUAAAAGACUACAGACCUGGAAUGUGUUUCAAUAUUAUCUGUAAUCACAUGCGCUUCAAUGCGCCUGAGGUGGCCAAGUUGCUCCCUAUGGACACUUCCUACAUCACUAUUCUGCGCGACCCAGCAGAGCUUUUUGAGUCGUCAUUCCACUACUUUGGCCGGCUGGUGCCUUUUACCUGGAAGAUACCAGGUGAUGACAAGCUGACUGAGUUCCUACGUGACCCCCAUUACUACUUUGAUCCACAGGGCUUCAACUCUUUCUACCUCAAGAAUCUGCUGUUCUUUGACUUCGGACAGGACAACACUCUGGAGCUGGAUGAUCCUCGGGUAGAAGUAGGAAUCAAAUCCAUCACUGACCGUUUUCAGCUGGUCAUGUUGGUGGAAUACUUUGAGGAAUCACUCAUCCUGCUCAAGGAUGCCCUCUGCUGGGAGAUGGACGACUUGCUCUUCUUCAAGCUCAAUGCCCGCAAGGGAUCCACUGUGUCUAAACUUACCCCUGAUCUGAGGGCCAGGGCCCUCAAGUGGAAUGCUAUUGACUGGAAGCUAUACCAGCAUUUCAACCAAACCUUUUGGAAGAAAGUAGAUGCAUAUGGACAGCGGCAGAUGGCUGAGGAUGUGGCAGAGCUCAAGAGAAGGAACGCGGAGAUGGCAUCCAUCUGCAUUGAGGGGGGUCGUGCUGUGGAAGCUGGCAGCAUCCAAGAGACAGCCAUGCAGCCCUGGCAACCCAUCGGAGAGAAGUCCAUCAUGGGCUAUAACCUGAAGAAGAAUGUGGACAAGGCACAUCGGAAGUUGUGCCGUAAGAUGUUGAUGCCAGAGCUUCAGUACUUAACAGAGCUUGGUGUGAACCUGUGGAUCACCAAGCUGUGGGGCCAUGUCCGAGAUAUCAUUAACUGGUAACUAGACAUGUAAGAGCAAGAGGGGCCAAUUCAACUCUGAAAGACUGUCUUCAAAGAAGAGAAAUCUGACUGUGUGGCUGACAGAGAGCGGUUAAUAGCUUCUGUCACAUUUCCUGUCUCAUUUUGUUGCAAAUGUAUUUGCAUUUCAUAUGAUCGUGCACUGUAAUGUAUCUGAUGGGUGCUUGAGAAAAAAAAAUACUGUUGACCACACAAUCGACAAAUACUGAACCACUUUACUACAUGCAAUUGAGGCCUAGUAUUGUUCUCUGUGUUUAUGAGUCAAAUUUCAGACAUUAAAAUGUUCUUACUUUCAGAUGUGACCUUGUGCUAAUGGAGCAGUUGAUUGAACUACAAAGUUGAGGACAAAUUUUAUAAGCCCUUUGAUGGAAUCAAGACCCAUUGUUGCCAUCCCUGCCAAAUUAUUAAGGUUUUUUGAAGACAUAGAAAGAAUCAUACUUCACUUUGAGCUAAAUGUUGUCCAACUCUUUGGUGUCCAUCCCCCAAAGUUGAAGCAUUUAAAUUCUGAGAGUCCCCUCUAACAGCUAAAAUACAGAUGUGAAAAUAGUGAAUGUAUGUUUAAGUAUUCCAUCCCACAUUAUUGUCUAUGGAGGACAAAAUCAGCCAUCAUUAAAAAAAAAAGGUAGGUGAGUAAACACUGACAUUUCUAAUAACACUUGUCACUCGUCAGAACAGGGAAACCACAGGUGCAACUAAUAGCAUUAACGAUCACUCUGUUCCACGGCCCCAGAGCUACAUCAUCUAAAUCAAAUGUGGCCAUAAUUAUUGUUAUUAAUUACACCUGUGCUUGCCCUGCAAUGACAUGACAAAUGAAAAAGGUCUGAUGAAUAAUAUGCAAAGAAGUGAAUCAAUUAAAUACAGAGUACAGCACUAUUCAAUCAAGAAGAAAAAUAAUUUCUUUAUUCAUUUACUUUCCUUAUCAGUUUUUACAGAAUAUGAAAUAUUAAUAUUAUGUUAUUAUUAUGUUGUUUUCUGCUAUAUUAUAUAACAUUUUUGCUGUUGUAGCCAAUUCUGCUCUUUCUCCUGAUAUCACAAUGUUAAUCCUAAUAGCAUUCGCCCUUGCCGGGUGUCUUGGUAGGUACAAUGAUGAUGUAGUGGGACUUUGUUGUGUAGUGAGCCAAAAAAAAAAAUCAUUGUCAGCCAAGUAGGGUAAAUCCGUUCUAGAAAGGCACUAUGACAAUGACUAACAGCAUUAGACACCACCUACAAGUGUUUACACAGCAUCGUAAUCAUAGCCUGCAGAAAUAAAGGAAAUUAAAUUGAGAAAUAAAUAGAUGUUUUUCCUGAUAAUGCACUGUAUCACUUAUUUAUUUCUUAAUUUGUGCACAUUCACCUACAUAUUAUUUUUGUGUAUUCUAGGCAUUUAAUAUUUUGUUUAUAGUCUUUUGUAUUCAUUAAUGGAUUCAGUUAUUGAUUAAUUUAUCUGUAAUUUACUGAUUUUGUCCUCCAUACAUUUCCCCAUCGCUCCCAGCAAUAUGUGAUAAUCUUUUUAUCCUCAAAAUAAAGUGAAAAUUACAUGUAAUACUGCAUGUAUUAAAUGUC